GUAUCGGAACGUCCUUAACGACACUACAACAACAACUGAACCAAGCGCCAACGCUAAUAAACACAAAGGAGGUUUUACGUAUUGAUUUAUUCUCCAGUAUUUUUAGUUAUAAUAUCGCUAGAAUCAUGGAAUCUAUUAUGGAACCUGAGCCAUCGAGGGUCUCUGAUGAAGUGCCAGUACCAGUAGAGGUAUCAGACAUCAAAGACAUGAUUGAUACAGAAGACAGGCUUGGCGAGCUGAAACUUCUCAAAGAAGAACAGGUGGAUCUUGAGCCAUCAAAGGUCUCUGAUGAAGGGCCAGCAGAGAUAUCAGACAUCAAAGACUUGACGGAUUCAGUCGACAGCAUGUACAGGCAUAGCGAGCUGAAACUUCUCAAAGAAGAACAGGUAUCAGCCACCCCUGUACAAGUGGAGCAAUCAAUCUCAAACGAAGGAGUCAACUUGAUGGAAAAUGAAUGCAAAGACAAGGAACGACCAUCUAACAAAGGUAUCAGCCACCCCUGUACAAGUGGAGCAAUCAAUCUCAAACGAAGGAGUCAACUUGAUGGAAAAUGAAUGCAAAGACAAGGAACGACAAUCUAACAAAGAGAUAACUCUACCCACUGCCUAUGUCAAACUGUAUCGCAUUGGAGUGCUGGAUAGAAUUGCCAGAACCUUUCACCAAAAGCAGCGCUCUGAUGACGAUUAUCAAGAUGUUGAUAAUGAUUAUGUAAGUGUUUUUCCAAAUAAUUAUAGAUAUAGAUAAUAUAUCUAUGAUAUAUUUUGAUGUUCACUUACAUUGGGAGGAAUUGAUGGAUUUCCAGUCUGAGCCAGUCUGGCUGGGUUAUUUUGGAAACCAAAAUCCUACCAUAAAGAAUGAAUUAUCCAAAGUGGGUACCAUACUGAAAAUUUAAUCGCGAAAAAUUUAUAAUAAACUAGCAAGAA